GUGCUGGCUACUCAUCAAGAGUGUGGAACUGUUGGAAGUACCAUCAUCUUGCCUUGGCUUAAUGAUGAACAAGACUAAUGAAAACAGUGCGCUCUAUAAAGCUCUGGUGGGUGAGCGAUCUCACUCAACGGAUUCCUUUAGAAGCCACUCAGCACUGCAAAAAGCCGCGAGUUCUCCUCUUGUGUGGCAGGAGAAGUCGGCGCACUCCUCUGAUGUUCAUGAAUAUCUGGUUUCGUCUAGUUCCACCAUUGAGGUUUCGGCACCACCGCGAUAUUUUAGUAAGAAAUACUUCCCAUCGAAUAGAGUAGAAAUCCGUCCAAACGAUCUGGCCUGUGAAGAGCAGUUGGUUUAUGCCGUGACUCAUUGUGAAACUGAUCGGGGUUUUGGCCUGGUAAAAAAUAACAAGAUAAUUGAAGGAGGCAGUCGAUCUGCUGAUCGUGUGUCAGAUGUUUGGAGCGACCACGCCGGUGUUGUUAGGCCGCAUAUUAUCUGCUUCGAGAAAAAAGUGGAUAGUGGUUCUUCUAGCCUUCGUGAACGCUGCAGGCGUAACGAAAGCUACGAGAUUGUUAGUCGUGUCAAAACUGAAUGUACCGACGAUCAAGUUUUAGACUAUCCGGCAAUCGAUACUGAACGUCGUCCUGUAUCAGCAAGUCAGGCUAACUUGUUUUCCGAGAAUCAUGUGGGAAUACGGACUGAAAUUCAGCGCAGUUUGUCCGAUGAUGGCCCGCGUCCUCAAGAAUGCAUGCCUCUGGACCUGUCAAUGGCAACAAGACGGUCGUCGGUGGAGUCUGAUACGCAAACGAGUCUCUUCAUUAAAAAAGAACGUCCAUUGUCAAUAGAACAAUUGUAUGACGCUACGUCUGUGGAUGGAUAUUGCACUCCCGGAGAAGCAGGCUUGCCUCCGAAAAUGAACUUGUUGCAACUGGCUGAUGCCGUAACUUACAUCAUUGAGAAUGACCCGCAAACUUCGGAGACCUUUUACAGUUCCAGGUCAUCUCCGUCCAGCUUUAGUGAUACCAACUCCAGUAACUCAGUUGAUGAAAAAAUUAGUUUAAAUGAGUACAGACUGUCUGGUCCUGCCAUUGAGUUUCUGACGGAAAGCCGUGACGGUAUGGAAGAGGAAUCAAAAGUCAUCAAGUAUGAAGUGAGUGACAGUUUCCAACCCGAAGGAAUUAUUUUGAACAGUAAUGUUCUUGGUGACAGAGUAUAUUUGGAAAAUGGAGUUAAUCUCGUCCACCAAGAGAUGCCAACUGGUCACGUCGACGAUUGCGAGACGUCUCCAACUUUGAUCGAAUGUGGUCAAGGUCUUGCGUUGCAGUCCUCUGCUCGUUACGUGCAUGUAGUGAGUAAGAAUUCUGCGAUGCCUCCAAGGCUAAACAGCACUAAGCCAAAUUCGAUGACGUCAGGAAGCAGGCUUGGCGGCACUGUUAUAGUAUCGAACAUGGGCUUGGACUCGAAGCGGCGCUUGCGGCUGGCGAAGGCGGAAUAUGAGAGCAUGAGUGAAGAAGAUCGGCGGGUGCGCCACAGGGUGCUUGACAACCAGCGGUCGAAGCAGUACCGAGAGCGGCGCAGGAGGAUGGUGUCUUUACUGCAGAACGAAAUCGCCCAACUUGAAGAGAAGAACAAGUCCUUAAAGGACACAGUCCAGAUUUUGGAGAGGCAUUUUGAGAUUAUGAAAUCUGCUGUACAGCGAACCAUGCUUGGGCAACAUUUGAAUGAGCCGAUCCUGGUAUCAGCUCUCUGUUGAUGCCGCAGCAAAUUAUCCAAGUCCUGUGCUGAUUUGGUCACGAGUCUUUCUUAACUGAAUAGCUUGCGUGCGGAUCCAGUCAGCUCAUGUCACGUUCACAACUCGCUGGAUGUUCCCUUUGAGACAUCUAUACUCAUUCUUCCUUCACCGUUUCUAAUAUCUUUUAAUUUAUUAAGUAUUGGAUAAUUUAGGAACCAGUAUUAGGUAAAAUUUUUCACUGUAUUCUGACUAAAUUUUGUAUGCUUGCAAUUUACAGUGACUACAAUUUUGAAGGAGUUUGAACUACUUUCCUACUUUAACCCCCAUCCCUUCGCUUUCAUUUUCCUCAAUUCUUCUUGUCCGAUGUUCGUUUAGGAUAACGAGUAAUGCCAUCAUGGAUCGUUUACUGUAAUUUAGAGCUCAAAUUUCGAAAAAAAAAAUCGAAGCUGCUUGUUAUACUAGGAAGAGCACAUGCCAUGUAUCGUUUAUCCAACGCUAGAACCUCGUAUCUUUUUUGCGUAGAACCAUUCAAGCAUAUCUUUAAUUUUAACUGUUCUAGCAACAAUUUUUAGGGAAAGUAAA